UCUAUUUGUUUGCAAUUGGUUGAAAGACUUCCAUCUCGACAUGGCGUUGUCAUCUCGACUGGCAAUCAUCGUCGGAGGACUGGGCGGAAUCGGCACCGUAACAGCCCAACUCCUCCGCUCCCAAGGCGCAAAAGUAGCCCUCCUCUACGCCCCCUUCGAAGCCAAAAACGUACAAUCCACCCUCUCCAAACACUUCCCCGACUCAUCCCCCUCCUCCUCCACCGACAUAACAACCUACGAAUGCGACAUCGCCUCCCACUCCUCCGUCCAAGCCGCCUUCGCCCAGAUCAAAUCCGACGCAGUCGCCUUCCCCGCCAUCCUAAUCAACACAGCCGGCAUCGUAAACCUGGCACCUCUCGAAUCCUUCCCCGCGGACGACGCCCUCCAACACCUCAUAAUCAACACCCACGGCCCCUUCCUCACCGCCCAAGCCUUUGCGAACCUCUACUUUUCCGCCCGGGACGAAGCCUCCAAGUCCUCCUCCUCCAACCCGAUCCUCGGCGGGCGCAUCGUCAACCUCGCCAGCCAAGCGGGCCAUGUAGCGCUUCACAAUCACGGACCUUAUUGCGCAAGUAAAGCGGGACUCAUCGGGUUGACGAAGUGUAUGGCCAGCGAGUGGGGACCGAGAGGUAUUACUGCGAAUUCGAUCAGUCCGGGACCGGUGUGGACGGAGUUGGGAAAGAAGGCUUGGGCGGAUCCGGAGGCGAGGGGGAAGUAUGAGGCUUCGGUGCCGACGGGGAAGUUCGCGGAGCCGCAUGAGGUUGCGAGGAUUGUGUCGUUUCUUGUGCAGGACGAUGCGUUGAAUAUUAAUGGGACGGAUGUUCGGUUGGAUGGAGGGUAUACGGCGAGGUAG